GACAAGCUGUAUGCUGACAAGAUUGACCUCUUGCGGAGCGUCAAGGCACUCCAGCUCAAACUCCACGAGGCCAACAGCAGGCAAGCCGGAAAACGCCGCGGAGAUGCUGCAGCAGACGAAGCAAGCGAUCCAGACCAGCUGCUGGCCCACGUCGACAUGAAACGCUCAGAGUUGAUUGAGCAGCUCAAUGUUGAUAGGACUCGGCUCGCAAACGAGCUGCGGGCGACGCACGAGCAGCUCGAAAGCGUCCGCAUCGAACGAGCAGUCCUUCAAGACAAGCUCACCAGCGCGACCUCUCAGCAGCAGCAGCAGCAGCAGCAGCGCCCCGAUGGUGCAAACUCAAAGCCCGAAAUUGUGGCGGCCUUCCGUGAACACCGCGAAGCUCUAGUUGAGCGCGAAAGCCGCAUCGCCGAGCUGUCGGCACUGGUGGAAGAAAAGAAGGACCUUGUGCGUCGCAUGGAAGAGACGGUCAAACAACUCACUCUGCGCGUCAAGGAGAGCGAACGCGCUGCUGCCGCAUCGACAGUUGUCGCCGCCGCUGCUGCAAAGGCGGCGGCUGCUACUGCUGCUGCUCCUCCCCUUGCGCCCGUUACGCCUGCGCAACCUGCGACAACUUCUGCGGCCGAUGCUGCUGCCCUGGCUGCCCUGAAACAAAAGCUCGAAGAAACAACCCAUGCAUGGCGCGCGGCAGACGCCCAGCACGUUGCAGAUCUCGUGGCAUUGCGACAAGAACACGCCGCACAACUCCAACAGCAACAACAGGCCCAGCAAGCGGAAAGCGACGCCGCGCGACAGACACUCCAGCUUGCUCUCGAAAGCGAAAUGGCCCAGUUGCGAGAGCACGUAGAGCAACUGCAAACCCAGCAACGCAGCGCCACGCUCGGCAACAACAACGAUCUCGAGCAAGCCCGAGGGCAACUUGUUCAGCUCCAGCAGCUCCAUGCCUCUCAAGAGCAAGAGAUUGAGCAGCUGGCGCUCGAGAGCCAGCAACACAUUGCUCGGCUCCAACGCAAGCUGGAAGAUGCGAUUGGUCAGCGCAGGGCCGCCGAGGAAGCCGCACAAAGCGCCAACGCGGCUGCAACUGUGGCCAACGAGUCGCUGCACACCAUCCAACAGCAAGCGACCGAGUCCAAGGAUCAGGCAGCAGAGCUCCAAGCUGAGGUUUCCGACAUGCGAGGACAUCUCGAGAAGGCGCACAAAGCCCGAGACCAGCUGGCAACACAGCUCGAACAGCAAAAGGCCCUGUCCAAGGACCAGGAGGCAGCGCUCCAAGCUGAGGUUGCCAACUUGCGAGCAGAUCUGGAGCAGGCGCACCAAGACCGAGACCAACUGGCAGCGCAGUUCGAACAGCAAGAGACGACACAUGCCGGCGGUGAAGCUGCGAUCGACAUUCUGACGACCCAGCUUCAGCAAGCCGAGCAGAACAGCCAGUCCUUGCAGAAAGAGCUGGAAGCGCUAAAACUGAUGCAUGCCGAGCACCAGCAACAACAUCUCGACCUCCAAGCAAACCAACGCCAGCAGCUUGCUGAUGUGCAAAUUAUUGCCGAUCGGCUGGCCGAGGAGCGCAGCGUUCUUACCUUGGAAGUCGAACGACUUACUGCCGAAAUGGAGCUGCAAACCCUCGAGAUCGAAGCCCGAGAUGAGCAGCUUGAAACCAACCAGAAGGCAGCAGAGCAACAACAACAACAGCACGAUCAAGCGCUCGAACUUGUUCAGGUUCGUGAGCGGCAACAGCUGCAAGUCUACCAAGAGCAACUGCAAACUGUCAUGCAGCAGCAUGCAGACCAACUUGACAGUACGACGGCACGUUAUCAGAACGAGUUGAAACAGGCAGCCUCGAAUGUGCAGGCCACUCCGACUGGGCGGCAGGACGUGGAUGAAAAAGAGCAGCAACUGCGAGCGGAGGUGAGCGCAUUGCGGCAGCAGCUGCUCGAAUUGCAGCAACAGCGUCAACUCGAUUUGGCGCAAGCGCAACGACAGCAAGCACAACAACAACAUCAACAACCUGUCAGUGUUCCUCAAAGUCAACCAUCUCCUCAUUCUUCAAAGCCCGUUGCCGCACCUCCCUCGGGCUUGGAGCACAUCGAGGCAAUGCCCACUUCUGCCUUCCGUGAGAGUGGGAAGGGCGGCAUCAACUCUGAGACAAAACAAGCGUUUGUCUCACGCUGGGACGUUCUCGUCCAAGAGGCUCUGCGUGAUGUGGACGAAACCCUCUCACGGGAGCAGCUGCUCCAAGAACUCAAACAACUACGAGGGGACAAUUCGGCGCUGCACGAGCUGCUGCAAUCCCGAAUGCAGCAGCAGCCGCAACAGCGAGGCCUGGGUGCUCCGUGGACCCCGAAAUCGCCCUCUGGCGACACAAAUCAACUCCUCCUGGCAGGUGUUACACAAGCUGACGCCAAGCUGCAGGCUGGCCUUGCCGAGUACGACACACAGACGCGUUUGGCUCGCGAAGAAGCAGCACGCUACUUUGCCGCCAGCACGAUUGGAGGUGAAGGCAGCUCCUCCAGCAGCCAAGAAGUACCUGGUUAUGUGCAUGACCUGGUUGACUUGGUGCUGGCGGAUGUUGAGCCUGAAGUGGGAGCCGGGUUGCAGGAUGCUCGGCAGCUCGAAGGCAACGCUCGCCGCCUCCAUGCCAACCUCACGGCUCUGCACAAGGUCUUGGCGCAUCCAGGCCCAGUUGCAUCUACCUGGCCUCCGGCUGAUGUUGGCAACAUGGUGUGA